AUGAUCGAAGACAAAUACAUUGGUCUGGCUCUGGCCAUGAGCUCCAGCUUGGCCAUUGGCACUAGCUUCGUCAUUACUAAGAAAGGUUUAAUGCAUGCUGAGCAACGGCAUGGCUUUGAGGGCGAGGGAUUCGUCUACCUGCGCAGCCCCUUGUGGUGGGCGGGCAUUGUCUGCUUGGUGCUCGGCGAGGUCUUUAAUUUUGCCGCAUACGCCUUCGCGCCCGCCAUCCUUGUCACCCCCCUCGGCGCGCUGUCCGUCUUGAUAGGGGCCAUCCUGGGCGCUUACUUCCUUGGAGAGGAGCUCGGUACGCUAGGAAAGCUGGGAAGUGCCAUUUGCUUGAUAGGCGCUGUCAUUAUCGUCUUGCAUGCGCCCCCAGACAAGGAGAUUGAGACGAUCGAUGAGAUUUUGCACUAUGCGAUCCAGCCAGGAUUCCUCAUCUAUACCAUCGCUGUUUGUAUCUUCGCUACCGUCAUGAUCUACAAGGUUGCUCCUGUCUACGGGAAGAAGAACCCCUUGAUCUACCUCAGCAUCUGCUCGACCGUCGGCUCCAUUUCCGUCAUGUCAGUCAAGGCCUUUGGCAUUGCCCUGAAGUUGACCUUCGGCGGCAACAACCAAUUCACGCAUCCAUCGACCUACGUCUUUAUGAUUGUCACUGGCGUCUGUAUUUUGACCCAAAUGAACUACUUCAACAAGGCCCUUAGCCAGUUCCCCACAAACAUUGUCAACCCUCUCUACUACGUAACCUUCACCACCGCGACCCUCUGCGCCUCCUUCAUUCUCUUCCAAGGCUUCAACACCACCGACACCGUCAGUAUUCUCUCCCUCAUCUGCGGCUUCCUCGUCACCUUCACCGGCGUCUACCUCCUCAACUUGAGCCGCACCGACCCGGACGGGACCAAGUCCCUCGCCCGCCGUGCCACCGGCGACAUCACCGGCACCGACAUGGUCUCCAGCAUCCAGACACGCAUGAGCAUGGAGGCACGCCGCUCACAAUCGCAUCGCAUGAGCAUUGGGAGUCUGCGGUCGGGUGAUCGGGAGGGGCUGAUGCGUGCUUAUGAUGAAGAAGUUGGGCUGGCGGAUUUGGCAGAGGAGACGGACGAAGAGGAUGAUCCCCGCUCGCCCAUGAUUGGGCAGUCACAUCAGGGGAAUGGCCAUUGGUCGCACCAUAGGCCGAAUGGCAGCACAUCGAGGUUGAACAUGAAGAGUGGGCAGGAUGGGGCGAUAGAGUUGCAGCAGGGGAAGAAGUCGGGGGAGAAGUGA